AUGUCGUUCCAUGUCAUGUCAUGUCAUGUCAUGUCGUGUCAUGUCGUUGUCGUGUCAUGUCAUGUCAUGUCGUGUCAAUUGCAGGUCCUCUUCGCCACCCCGGGGAUGUUGCAUGGAGGGACGUCGCUGGAAGUCUUCUGCAAAUGGGCGCCAGAUCCAAAGAACAUGAUCAUCAUGCCAGGCUAUUGUGUGGCUGGCACCACCGGAUGGAAGGUGCUGCAAGGCCACAAGGAGAUCACUGUGGAAG